UUGAUGGUUUGCUGAUUGAAAGUGAACAAAUUCGCGCCUUCGACGGACGGUACCUGUGGUAUUUUCAUUUUAAUAGCUCGCAGCAAACAGAUCCGCGUCUGCCGUGCGCUGAGGCAUUACAUUCGUCCUGGGAACAUAAUUAUUACCGAAGUAAAUCGCGCACUUGCCGCGAAGUGCGUCCUUAGCUGUAUGUGCUCUUAGUGGAGACAAAUGAAGAUGUCGAGCCAACAGCAAUAUUCGCUAAGAUGGAACGAUUAUACCACAUACAUUACGGGUGCGUUCGAUGCGCUGCGCUACGAGGAAGAUCUUGUAGAUGUGACACUGUUUUGUGAGGGGCGCAAAAUACGCGCCCACAAGGUGCUGCUUUCUGCCUGCAGUUCCUACUUUAAGGACAUCUUCAAGGAAAACCCUUGUCAACAUCCCGUUAUCAUAUUUAAGAAUGUAAAGUAUGCCGACCUGCUUUCGCUGGUGGAGUUCAUGUACCAGGGCGAGGUAAGCGUAUCGCAGGAAGCUUUACCUUCGUUUCUGCACACGGCAGAGUUGCUGUCCAUACGUGGCCUAGCCGAUACUAACAACGACCAGCAGCAUACCGCCAUUCCGGAUCAACCGACGUCCUCGCUAGCGCAGCAGAUACUGCAAACGCAGGCGCAAACAUUGGCCCCAACUGCUACGAUCACGACAGAACCGGUGUACUUUACUCUUCCCUCCAACUCGUCUAUCGUGCCGCAGAUAAAGGUGGAAUCACAGCAGCCCGGUACCACUAUUCAGUCAGGACCACAAGAUUUCAAGUUCAUCAACAAAAUUACCCUGAAACCCGCUGAUCUGGCCAGUGCCCUUUCCGUACCGCUCGGGCAGCAAACGCUACAAGGGCAGCAGCUACAGCAGGUGCAGCAAGUUCAACAGGUACAGCAUGUGCAAGUGCAGCAAACGCAACAGCAACAGCAACAGCAGCAACAGCAACAACAACAGCAACAACAACAGCAACAGCAACAGCAACAACAACAGCAGCAACAGCAGCAGCAAGUUGUGCAUUCGCAAAAGAUCAUGAUAAAACCUGUGCAACCUGUAGCGGGAACCAUAGUCCAGCGAACCGUGCAGAGUCAGACCACUGCGAAUCAAGCGAACCAGUCGGCUAAUGCGUUGCAGGAACUGGUGGAAAGUGUCGUCUCAGCAGCCCGUCCUAAGCCAAAACCGAAGCGCAUCGUAAAGAUAACCAAAACGCCAACCAAGCAGCCAUCGGAGGAAGGUAGCAGCACCAGUGACAAAUCGACCACAAACUACACCACCCUGAACUCGGCCAACACUUCCGUUCAGUCGGACAACGGUAUGGGACUGUACGGGCAGACGCAGCAGGAACACGAGCAGGUAGCGGUUUACGGGGAUUCGGUCAACGCGGAGAACAACGACGUGAAACUGCAAAUGACAGAGUACAUCAACGUAGGGGAACCGAUCAAUCCGACCAGCGGUGAUAGCGGCACCUACACGCAACAGGAAGGGUUUGAGCUGGUCGACGAAAACAUAUCCGACCGACAGGACACUGACGAGCAUAUGGGACAGAACAGCUUCGAGAUGGAGAUUGUCGAUAUGGACGUGAAUGGCAUGUUUCCGGAAGAUACCAAUGAGCAGCAGCAACAGCCGCAGCAGCAGCAGCAGCAGCAGCAGCAGCAGGACUCGAAGGCGGAAAUUCUCGAAAGCAGCGCGCGGGCCAUGAAGGACGUGGUGAAAAAGUACAAGUGCAAACAGUGCGAAAAGAGCUUUGCUACCUGGAAAUCGUUGGCCAUGCACCGUCACAUCCACAGUGGCCGCACCAAGUGUAAUAUCUGCGGUGCGGUACUGUCGCGCACGGCCAACCUUAAGCGGCACAUGAAGUUGAAGCAUGGUUGAGGUGUGCUGCUUUCGGCAACGCAACAUCAGGACGCCGCGUAAGAGCAAAUCUUCAACGGCAACAUGGUCACGUUAUCAUUAUACAUUUUUGAAUUCAAUGAAUUCAAACGCAAUUUAAAAUUCGCAACUGAAACGUUUAUUCCGCGCGUUUACUGUAGUCUCUUGGGUGUUUAUGUAUUGUGUUUUUAUUUUUACGCCUGAGUAUGUGACGAAAAACAAACAACAAUGUCUUAGAAUUAGGUAAUUUUCGCAUUAGCAUAAAAAAAUAAAAUUAUAUUUUGUUAGGGAAGACAGAGGUAGAUCAUACCAAGGUACAGUAAAGCUAGUGCACGACGCUAAAAAAAAACGCUACACCAUCCUUACAUAUGCGACUGUAAAAGAUUUAUAAUUCUCAAAAUUUUGUAACUGAACACUAAAGUACAUUGAAAUGUAUACACAAAAAAAGAACCCUUGUAGAACGUCUCGUUCAGUUCAGCAACUCCCAUGAGUAUGUUUUUGAAACCCAACAUAAUUUUAACAAACGGAAAAGUUAGCCAUAAGAUAUUUACAAGCGAUUGCGUUUGUCACAUAAAAGAAAAAUAAAUUGAAUAAUUGUAUAGACGAAAGAUUGCAGUAAUAUCUCACGAACAUUUAGCACUUGAGUAAGAAAAUAGUUUUAAACCAGAUUGUUUCCUGCGAAUAUUAUACAAAUACUAUAGUUGAAUAAACUGAAGAUUAAAAAUGUGUGUU